GACCAUCGUAUCGAUAUACACGUGUCGAUCGGGACACGUACAGUUUCUUCUUCUUUUCCUUAACGUUCUCGCGGGUGCUUUCGAUGCGAGCUCCAGCGGCAUCGUAUAACGACGCAUACGGUCGGAGUGGCAGUUUUAUUGUGUUCUCCUGAGGAAAGUUUCCUUUAGCCGCGACACGCCGCUGCUAACACUUCUCGGCGCCCGCUGUGAAGGACGAGAGAAAAAGGUAGAAGGAUUGGAAGAAAGAGGGCAGGAGAACACUAGGAUCACACAGUGUUUUUGUGCGAAAUCGAGGAACAUGUCGACUGCCGUCAUGAGUACUCCCAUGUUCGAGUGCAGCGAGCAUCUCUUCAAGAACGCAGCCUCGGCCAAGGCAAAAGAAUCACCGUCGUCUUCGACGUCGGGUACCGCGAACGGCGGCGUCGCCGUCAAUAAUGUCACCAACGGACACGCGCCACUGAAGCGCAGCUAUACUUCCUUGGUGACCACGUUGAUCGAGCAACACCGGAAAUUGGAUCGCAGCGUGAGCGAGCCGACGUCGCGCUACAAGACAGAGCUCUGCCGGCCGUACGAGGAAAGCGGCUCGUGUAAGUACGGCGACAAGUGCCAGUUUGCACACGGCUACGGAGAGCUGCGCAAUCUCGCGCGCCAUCCCAAGUACAAGACCGAGCUGUGCCGCACUUUCCACACAAUCGGCUUCUGCCCGUACGGGCCGCGCUGUCACUUUAUACACAAUUUCGAGGAGGCGCGCAUACAUAAUCAGCAGGUGAGUGCCCAACUAGGCUCGACACAACCGAACAUAAUCGGUCUGAACCCGUUGAUGAGCGCGGCAGCCGCUGCUGCGGCAGCGACCGCGACCGGCAACGGUGCCACCAUCGCCAACAACAAUGGUACCACUGUCAACAAUAACGUCAAUGUCAGCCUGUUGGAGCAUCUCGCUGCGUCGUCCCACGUGGCCGUUGCGGCCGCGGCAGCGGCCACCACGUCGAACCUUAUGCGAACUAACUCGUUGAGCUUAGGUAGCGCCGCCAACGCGAAUGGCUACAAUCAGCCGCCAUUGCUGCGAACGUCAUCGCUGAGCCUGGCUACGAAUCAUCAUCACGCGGUGCAUCAUCAUCAUCAUCAUCAUCAGGUGAAUGCCGUCAAGUCGGUGAUCGGCGCGACGAAACCGAAGCCGCUCAAUCUCAGCCCGACGUUCUCUCUCGGCAGCUCCGCCGAUUCGGUGUCCCCGUCGUCUAGCCUCAGUCAGUCGCCGACGAACUCCAUGGCGAGUUUCUUCAGCGACGACUGUAGUCAGCAAGCGGCGUCAUGCACGAAUCUGCCGACAACGCCGUUCAGUUUUGGUCAAGAUUUCAGUCUACUCGCCUGUUCAAGACAAAGUCCAAGUCCGCGCAAUAACGGUGUGUGCAGUCCUCUCGCCUCCGAUGAGGUAACGCCUAGAACACCCUCCCCGUUGUCACCUAAUACGGAGUCUAGAUUGCCGGUGUUUAAUAGGAUCAGCAGCACCCUGGGUGAUUUUGAUAAUCUCAAGAUUUAGAGCGAUUGCUGCGCGAACCGUGAGGGAGGCGAAACUUUCGAUCAGUUUCGCAUUCCGAAGAGGAAAAGGGCUUCAGGGGGAUUGUGACUCGGGAUUUGAGCGAGGAUAACUUCCCCGCAGUGGAUUCUGUCGGAGGAAAACGUUUUCUUUCGUUUUUUUUUUUAUAUAUGAAGUAUCGCUGUUCGCGCGAUGCGAUUUUCUUUAUUCAUAUCAUCUAACUUUCUCGAAAGAUGAUGCGUCUUUUUAGGCAUACGUCAGGUUUCUUUUUUACCUUUGAAAACCCUUGUCUCUUUUUUCCUCCUUUUUUAUAUAUUAUUACCACCAUAAUCAUAUAUAUCGUAUCAUUACUCUAUUGUAAUAUAUUACUAUAUUACUACAUAUAUUAUAUUAUUAUUAUAUUAUUAUUGAUAUAUUUGUCAUCUUAUUCCUUUUUCUUUUUCUUCUUCUUUUUCUUUUUCAUAUUUUAUCGUUAGGCGUGAGUUUAGCAGAAAAGUGAGAUCAGCCCGGAAGUCUCAACUCGCUAGGCCCGAGACUAAAGUGCUUGGAGGAAGGUAUAAAAGUGGAAUAAGGGGAAUGUGUGAAAGGAUCAGAGGGCGAAACGAUGAUACCGAGCGCAAAUUUAUUCCGAAGUGUGACUUUCCUACGAGCAAGUUGUUCAUUGAUCUCACUUGGUGAAUCUUUAUUACGCCUUCCGGUCCCCACGAACUCAUUGCCCACGGUCCAUCGCCUUCCUCCAUCGGAUUUUUGAGCCUCGAGCAUCACGGCGUCAUACGCACCGGGGCAGGUGAAAUGUUGCAAUAUCCAAAUAGCACGUACAGUUACGUUUCUUCGAGUUUCUUCUCCGUAGGAGGAAGGGUGGGGAAAGUUGUCUCGAGAGUGAAAGGAGAGGCGAGAGUGAGCACUCCG